UUCCCUCUGUCUCCUUGUGCCAGGAUCUGCUGUGUCGCUGGGCCAUGGAGGAGCGGGGGCAGGAGGAGGUGCUGGCAGCCCAGCAUGCAGGAGGCCACCACCCCGUGCGGGAAGGAGAGGUGUUCAAUACACGAUACCAGGCUCUGCACAAACUGGGCUGUGGUGCCUUUGCCACCGUCUGGCUGUGCCAGGACAUAAGGAGGAAGAAACAUGUGGCUGUAAAGAUCCUGAAAAGCAGGGAAGGCUUUGCUGAAGCUGCACAGGAUGAGGUCAUUCUCCUCCGCUGCGUGAGCAGUAUGAAGAAGAAGGACCGAGCAGGAGAAAACAUCGUCUGUUUGUUAGAUGACUUCAGAAUGAUUGGAGAGAACGGCUUUCAUAUGUGCUUGGUAUUUGAGGCGCUGGGUCCUCCCCUGCGAUGUCUGAUGAAUAACUACACAGCCCAGGGACUGCCUUUGCCUUUUGUGAAAAAGUCUUUACAGCAGGUGCUGGCAGGGCUGCACUUUCUGCACAAGCGCUGCCGCAUUAUCCACACGGACAUCAAACCAGAGAACAUCUUGCUGUGCGGACGUGACAAAAGCCUCCAAAGGCUUCUGCCUGAUGCGCUCAACUGCAGCCAGAGAACAGCUUUGAGGGUAACAGGACAAGGAGGUGAUUUUGGCAAUCAAUUGGAAGAAUCCAAUUUAAUGAGCAUAGAAGUGAAAAUUGCAGAUCUGGGCAGCGCAUGCUGGACAUACAAGCCUUUCUCCAAGGAGAUACAGACCCAACCGUACCGUGCCCUGGAAGUGCUUCUUGGAUUAGACUAUGGCACUCCUGCGGAUAUCUGGAGCAUAGGCUGUCUGGCAUUUGAAAUGGCAACUGGGGAGCGUCUAUUUGAUCCUCAACCUGGGAAAUACUUCUCCAGAGAUGAUGAUCAUGUUGCCCGUAUUAUUGAACUCCUGGGAAGAAUUCCUCCUCAAAUUGCUUUCUCCUGGAACAAGUCAACAAAAUUUUUCAGCAGGCCAGGCGCUCUCCUACGGCUCUCCCGGCUCUCCCCUCGCAGCCUCCACAGCGUCCUGGCAGACAGACACCGCUGGACAAAGCAUGACCUCGCCGCCUUCACCUCCUUCCUCCUGCCCACGCUUCACUACGCGCCCGAGCGCCGUUCCACGGCCUCCCGCUGCCUGCAGCACGCCUGGCUCAGCGCCCCGUGACCCAGCCCCGAGCCCCGGUGCCGGCUGCCCGCCCUUCUUCCCUCCCCCCUACGCCGCGCUGGCGGCCCUGGCGGGGACGGCCAUGACUGGGGGGGAAGGGGGGGCGGCGCCAAAAGAUGGCGGCGGCUCCCACAGCUGCUCGCCCGCCACGGCGUCUUCCCAGCGACCGGCAACAGAGCAGAGCAGCGCCGUGACGCAGCAUCGGCGCUCCACGAGG